GGUUUAAGAAGAACAGAUACAAGCAGAUUCUGUUAAUGCCAUCUGCUUCUCAUGUCAGGAUCUCAGGUCUUCUAUGGGUUAUUUUCCCAGUGGUCACCUAGACCAGGCGGAAACAUGGUACUUUUUCAGACCCUACUUGGAAAAUGGGUUGAUUUGCAGUUCUUUUGUAUUACUCUGUGGCUCCCACAGUGGUUCACAGCCCAUGAAAUAGGCACCCUUGGUCCAAGCCCUUUUAAUUAUAACAAGGAGAGGUUCCAGGUGACCCCAUUUAAAUUGUUAAUGUCAUACUGUCAUGUGUGCUCUCCAUCAUAAUUGUUCUUCAUUCACUUCCCUUUCUCCGCCAAAAAUGUAUCUAAGAUGAGAAACAUUUGGCUUAAAAAAUGGAUGUAUUUUUCAGAAGAUAUCAGACAGAUAAGAGUAAAGUGGGAUGGUUACUUUUUAAAAAGCACACUCAAGCGUAGACGCUCUCAUACAUCUGGAGACACUGUUGAGUGGUCCUCGCCCAGCUGAGGGUAAGUGUGGGUGGAGGGAAGCAGUCCUGUGCACACAGGAGGGGGCUCAUGGGAUUUUCCAAUGAGACUUGGCAUCCCAACUGUUUAUCUUGUACUCCUCACCAUGCCGUGGCUCUGAGGAAGGCUUCUGCAGCCACACACCCCAGGAAGAGUGUUUCUCAACCUAAACGGUUAUUAUUUUGAAAGUCUCUUAUUGCUUUUCAGAGUCAUUACAUACCUUUUUGUUUUGUAUUGUUCCAAGCCCAUUCUCACUUACAUCAUUGUAUCCGUCAGGCUCCAACCAGGAAACAGGAACACACAGAUGAUUUAAAACAGAGGAAAUUUAAUGCAGGAAAUUGGCUACACGUGAUGAAAGAGGCUGAGAAGCCAACCGGAGUACAGACAGUUAAUCCAGAGAUUAGCAACUUUGGGAAGCUGCCACCUCCCCUAGUGCUGCACUUGAGAUGGAGUUACUGCCCCUCUGGCUCUGCCUGGGUUUUCACUUCUUGACAGUGGAAUGGAGGAAUCCAAGUGGAAAUGUCAUGGCCACUUCCCAAGGGGGCUGUGAGUUGCUGGAUGGAGUCGCUGACUGUCGAGGGCAGAACCUUGCUUCAGUGCCCAGCAAUCUCCCACCAUCCUCCCAGACACUCCUCCUGGAUGCCAACCCUCUCAAGACCCUGUGGAACCACUCACUGCAGCGUUACCCUCUCCUGGAGAGCCUCAGUCUGCACAGCUGCCACCUGGAGCACAUCAGCCGUGGCGCCUUCCAGGAGCAGGCUCGCCUGUGCAGCCUGGCACUGCCUGACAACUCACUCUCCGAGAGCUACAAGGAGACGGCAGCUGCUCUCCACGGCCUGCGGGGUCUGCGCAGGCUGGACUUGUCAGGGAACUCCCUGACGGAAGACAUGGCGGCCCUCAUGCUACAGAACCUCUCUUCGCUGGAGUCCGUGUCCCUGGCCAGGAACACCAUCAUGAGGCUGGAUGACUCCGUCUUUGAGGGCCUGGGCCGCCUCAGGGAGCUGGAUUUGCAGAGGAACUACAUCUUUGAGAUUGAGGGUGGUGCUUUCGACGGCUUGCCUGAGCUGAGACACCUCAACCUGGCCUAUAACAACCUUCCUUGCAUUGUGGACUUCGCCCUCACCCAGCUGCGGUCCCUCAACGUCAGCUACAACGUCCUGGAGUGGUUCCUGGCAUCGGGGGGAGAGGCCACCUUUGAGCUAGAGACGCUGGACCUCUCUCACAAUCAGCUGCUGUUUUUCCCCCUCCUGCCUCAGUGCAGCAAGUUGCACACCCUCCUGCUGCGGGACAACAACAUGGGCUUCUACAGGGACCUGUACAACACCUCGUCCCCGCAGGAGAUGGUGGCCCAGUUCCUCUUCAUGGACGGCAACGUGACCAACAUCAGCACCGUCAACCUCUGGGAAGAGUUCUCUUCCAGUGACCUCUCUGAUCUCCGCUUCCUGGAUAUGAGCCAGAACCAGUUCCAGUAUCUGCCAGACGGUUUCCUGAAGAAAAUGCCUUCCCUCUCCCACCUGAACCUCAACCAGAAUUGCCUGAUGACGCUCCACAUCCGGGAGCACGAGCUGCCAGGAGCGCUCACCGAGCUGGACCUGAGCCAGAACCAGCUGUCGGAGGUGCACUUGGCUCCGGGGCUCCCUGGCUGCCUGAGGAGCCUCCGGUCCUUCAACCUGAGCUCCAACCAGCUCCUGGGUGUCCCCACUGGCCUUUUUGCUGAUGCCAGUAACCUCGCUACAAUCGACAUGAGCCACAAUCAGAUCUCACUUUGUCCCCGGCCGGGGGACUUAGACCCCGGGGGCACCCCCGGCUGUGUGGAUUUCAGAAAUGUGGCAUCUUUGAGGAGCCUGUCUCUGGAGGGCUGUGGGCUGGGGGCACUACAAGACUGCUCAUUCCAGGGCAUGGCCCUCACCCACUUAGACCUGUCUGGUAACUGGGGGCUUCUGAAUGGGAGCAUCGCCCCUCUCUGGGACAUUGCCCCCACGUUACAGGUCCUGUCUCUCAGGAACGUGGGCCUCAGUUCCGGCUUCAAGGAGUUGGACUUCUCUGGGUUUGGGAAUCUGAGGGACUUGGAUCUGUCGGGAAAUGCCUUGACCAGUUUCCCAAGGUUCAGGGGCAGCCUGGCCCUGCAGACCCUGGAUCUCCGCAGAAACUUGCUCACGGCCCUUCCUCAGAGGGCUGUGUCUGAGCAGCUCAUGGGAAGUCUGCGGACCAUCUACCUCAGUCAGAAUCCAUAUGACUGCUGUGGGGUGGAGGACUGGGGGGCCCUGCAGCGCCUGCACACUGUCGCCGACUUGGCCAUGGUCACUUGCAACCUCUCCUCCAGGAUCAUUCGCCUGACGGAGCUGCCCGGAGGCGUUUCUCAGGUCUGUAAGUGGGAGCGGGUAGACAUGGGCCUGCUGUACCUCGUGCUCAUUCUUCCCAGCUGCCUCACCCUGCUGGUGGCCUGCACUGUCAUCUUCCUCACUUUCAGGAAGCCUCUGCUUCAGGUAAUCAAGAACCGCUGCCACUGGUCCUCCAUAUACUGACCUGGCUACGUGCCAACAUUAGAAACUUGGUCUGUACACGUAAGGACACUUUCUCUGCCAGGUUUCAAGAUCUGGUGCAGAGGACAAGUCUGAAGAACUGAGGUUUAAAUUAAAGUUUAAAAUGUUUCCAUCCCUUAGUUGUCCCAAGUUCUUCCUCUAUCAUUGUGACGCAUCCUCAAUCAUCCUGGUAAAAUAUUUAUUAAGUGACAUCUUAUGAAAAUAAAAAAUGUGUCUUAUAAAUAUUUUUUAAAUCAAA